AUGUCCUCCCUUGAUGAAAGUCCUUCAGGGCGAUAUCCUGAAGGGAAGCUUCCCUGCUUUCUUCCAGAGGUCAGAACAUUCUAUGACAUUGUCAAGUACGACUACAUCGGCUUUCAUUUCCUUAGUGACGCUUCUUGGCCAAGCUGGGCUGCUCAAUUGCAGAGACAACUUACUGGGAUAACUCCCCAGAAUUCGGAUUCCAAGGACAAGAUUUACAACCAAAUAGAAAAGAUUUCCUCUCUGUCCCUGGCCACUCAGCCGUCCCUGGAGGAAAGAACUUCGUAUUCCUCCAUGGUUACACAAGUUCUCCCUGGUAGCGCCAGUGCCGUGGCCUAUGAUUUGGAUGAUUUGCUGGAAGUUUGUGGCCUCCUUGGCUUUGCGAUCCUUAGCAUGCGGCUGGGAUACUUUGUCAAGAAGAAUGCCGACGUGAAGCUAAAAGUGAAGCAGGGAGAACAGGCCUUUCCUGAUGACGACGAAGGCCACGAGGUCCAAGUCGCCACAGAUGGGAUGCCCUGGAAGCUGGCGGAUCGAAUGGAUUGGGUGGUGAUCAUCUUGGGCACACCCUUGAUCUUUAUUGCGCAGGGCCAAGAACGGUUUGCUCAUGGAGCGUACAUGGUCUUGGGGUGGAAAGGAUCCAAGCGUUCAAGCACGCCCCAGCCACAAAGGUACAUGAGAAUUGUGGCCUACACCGCAGUGCAGGGCGUCUAUGCCUUUGUCUUCAUUGGGGUGCUCCGAACUAUCUUCGACAUAGCAGUGACCUACAUCUCUGAGAUGCCCAAGUAUCACGAGCAGGAGACGUACCGAACAGAUGCGCUUUUCACACUGGAUAAAUUUGAUCAUAGAAAAGGAACGUGA